AUGCGCCGAACACGAUCCGUCAAAGUCCUCUACUUCUCCCUCAUCCCUCGCGCCAAACCUUUCACAAAGAGUAUCCCUUACUACGAAGGGGAGGUUAGCUUCCGAAGCCUUUUGAAUGGCCAUCCCUCUAUCCCGAUACACACGACCAUCGUCACCAUCAAAGCCGACAACAAAUUCUAUAUCUAUCGGCUCGACUACCGUUUCGACUCGAUCUUCCUGACCAACACCGCUCUCCUCAAGCUCGACCACACUAUGCCGUUCCUCGGGGACAUGGUUGUUACAUGUAUGGGUGACCGAAACAAAGUGGUCAAUAUGGCGACCCGCCGCCAAAGGGACUACGCUGUAAAAGCCGUCCGAGACUUCCUUUCCCACUACCAGGAACGGGGUCGAAUCCCCACCAGUAUCUUUCGCAUCCAUAGCUGA